GGAUCACAUAGCUUUUCAUCACUCAUCCCUUCAGCUCCAGCUCGAAAUGUUCGUCCAGUGGAUUUUCCUGAUCUCCAGCGCCACCCUGAUCUCCUCUAAAUGGACUCCGGAACGCAUCGUGGGAGGUCACUUGGUGUCCAUUGAAUCGGUUCCCUGGCAGGCUUCCCUCCUAAAAAAUGACAAAUAUGAUUGCGGCGCUGUCAUCUAUAGUGAGACAGUAGUUUUAACAGCAGCUCAUUGUGUCAAAGACCCAUCGCCUUCUCUUUACUCCGUAAGAGUGGGCUCAUCGAGUUCUGAAUUCGGAGGUCAAGUGGUGAAGGCAUUGCGAGUCCUAAAACAUGACAAGUAUGGUCAGCCUUUUAAUGUGUCCAAUGACAUAGCAGUGAUCCAACUUCAAUCCAGUCUUCAAAUGGGAGUUGGUGUGAGUUCCAUCCCACUGGCCGAUAGUCCUCCGCGACCUGGAUCUUCAGUCUCAGUUUCUGGAUGGGGAAAGACCGGAUUAUUUAAGGAGGGUUCUGAGCUUCUACUUGAGACCACAGUGGCUAUUGUGGAUCAGAAUGCCUGCAAAAAAUCCCAUUACGGAAGAAUUUCCAAGGACAUGAUUUGCGCCGCUGCUUUGGGAAAAGAUGCCUGCAACGGGGAUUCAGGAGGUCCUUUAGUAUCCAGAGGCAAACUUGUGGGCCUUGUCUCCUUUGGUGGAUUUGUCUGUGCUAGUCCCUUUCGCCCUGGAGUCUAUGCUAAUGUAGCUGAGCUCAAGCCUUGGAUCUUAAGGACUAUUCAAAGCCUUUGAAGCAGCCAGUGUACUCUUCUAUUAAAAAAAAAAAAAAACAGAGUGAAUAAAAAACGGGCUU